CCGGUAACAAACAAACCAACACGCGCCUAUCUUAUAACAAAAAUAAUAAAAAUUACGCGAAAAAUGUGAUUAUAAACAUAGCUUUAGCGCGUAACGACGCCAGAGAAAAUGUUGUUGAACGAAAGUGAAAACGAACGUGUUGUUUAAAGACGCUUACUUCCGAUAACAAACUUCCAGAGUAUACACGUCCGCCACAGAUUAUACAUACAGCCAUUGAAAAAUAUUUACACAAAAAGUAUUUAAUGAAAAAUUCACAUAAAGGAAUAAAAACGGUACAAUAUAUAUACAUAUAAUUUCGUGUAUAAAAAACUAAGUGAAGUCAUGUGUACAAUAUUGUGAGUGUAAGUGCGUGUUUUCGACGUGAUGGCGGGAAUAAUUAAUUUCAAAAUACGAAGAAGAUUCGUUUUUAUUUUUUCUCUAAUCGCCCUGGAUGUUAUGUGUUCGGAAAUUGAGAACGACGUGUUGACGCUACAAGACGAUUUUGAGAUGGAGGCGUCUGAUAGACGGAGACCUACGAAUGGGCAGGAAAAAGAGAUAUUGUUAUUGGACGCGCUUGGAAGAAGAAAAGGGCCUUAUCAGAGUCAGUAUACUUCAUCACAGGAGGACGAUUCCAUAAUGGAUUUAUUAGGAAAAAUGAUACCACAAACCUGUCGUUAUAGAGGCGCAAGGUACGCCUGCGCCCUCAGCAUCUCGUGCGUGCUGGGUGGUGGGAAACCGUUGGAUCUGUGCUCCGGGGGCAUGAUCUGGUCCUGCUGUGUGGACAAGGAGACGACAGAACGUCCAACGGAAGUGGCGCCACCUGUACACAACGCCAGUGACCUUAUAGAAUUGAUCGGGACAUUCCCACACGAGACCUUCGACUACCAAACAAACACACAAUUCGAAGAUCCCAUCAUCAUUUACACGGAAACAAACCGCCCAAAACCGUACAAACCCACAGACCGGCCGCAACCGGCGCAAAACGGUAUGAACCGGCCGAAACCGGUUUGGGGCACAGACUACAAUCACUACUACCACGUAAAACCCUCGUACCACGAGAGCACAACACACACAGACGACUUUUACACGGAGAGUGUAGGUGAUAGACCUGGUAAUGAUGAUUAUGUGCCAGUGCACAGCGUUCAAAAGCCAAUGAGGCCUAGCUAUCCCGGCUGCGGUGAACACUACACCCGGUCAAACCGGAUAGUCGGUGGGCACUCGACCGGUUUCGGUUCUCAUCCUUGGCAAGCCGCCCUCAUCAAGUCCGGUUUCCUCAGUAAGAAGCUGGCCUGUGGAGGAGCCCUCAUAUCUGAUCGAUGGGUGAUCACUGCUGCUCAUUGUGUAGCCACUACUCCUAAUUCACAACUGCGGGUCCGUCUCGGGGAGUGGGACGUCCGUGAUGCUGGGGAGAGAUACUCGCACGAGGAGUUUGCUGUCCAGCGCAAGGAAGUCCAUCCGUCAUACGAACCCUCGGACUUCAGGAAUGACGUGGCCUUAGUGCAGUUGGAGAGGGGUGUGGUGUUCAAGCAACAUAUACUGCCGGUAUGUCUACCACAAAAGCAAAUGAAGUUAGCCGGCAAAAUGGCGACCGUAGCUGGCUGGGGGCGGACAAGACACGGACAGAGCACAGUCCCAUCGGUGCUGCAGGAGGUGGAUGUAGAGGUUAUCCCCAACGAGCGCUGUCAGCGUUGGUUCCGAGCUGCCGGGAGACGAGAAACGAUUCAUGACGUGUUCCUCUGCGCCGGCUACAAAGAGGGUGGUAGAGAUUCCUGUCAGGGCGACAGCGGAGGCCCGCUGACCUUGAAAUACGAGGGGCGAAGCACCCUCAUAGGUCUCGUGUCGUGGGGCAUAGGCUGCGGCAGGGAACACCUGCCGGGUGUCUACACUAACAUACAGAAAUUCGUCCCUUGGAUCGACAAGCUAAUCAACUCUUAGACAUUGAUUAGUUUAGAUAGAUUUAAAAAAAAUUAUACUACCUUUAUGUUAAAGUUAAAGUUACCGAACAAUUUAUUGAACCGAUUAAAUUUUAUGUUCAGUGAAUAGUAUCAGCGGGUUCGUUGUGACGGCCGGUGUCCGAACCCGCUGCUUCCCAGCUCAGUACUCGACGCGCCUUACUCGCGUGUAGUUCUUCUUACGAUUCUCAUUUGAAUCAAAAUAAAAUUAUUUGGCUAAAUUCUUUUUAAUACACAUUAAUUGUCAUCAUAUGUAAAUCUUUUGAUUGACGUGCAAAUUUUUAUUACAAAAAUUAUGACACGAUGUUUUUUUUUUUUUGCAAAUAGACACGGAUUUCAUUUUUAAAUUGUUAUAAAGUGUUAUAUGAAACAAAUGGACUUAUCAUUUUUGUUAUAUUUAAAUAUUUGUAUCAAGUAAAAGAAAUUAUAAUAAUUAUAUAUUUAUACGAUUGC